UAAGAAUAUAAGAUUAUAGUAGCAAUUAGUUACGAUAUACUCAACUUUGGAUGUAGGUCUCUGCAGCACUUGAUGCUCUUAUUGACAUUAGUGGUGGAAAAGUUAACAUCCAUGUAUUAAUGGCUCUAGCGGCAUUUGCUUCAGUAUUUAUGGGAAAUGCCGUAGAAGGAGGGUUACUUCUUGCCAUGUUUAAUUUGGCUCAUAUAGCUGAAGAGUACUUCACCAGCCGUUCAAUGAUUGAUGUUAAAGAGUUGAAGGAAAAUCAUCCUGAAUCUGCUCUUGUGCUGGAUAUGAAUGAAGAUAGACUUCCUAACACAACCGAUUUGGCAUACAAAAGGGUUCCUGUACAUAAUAUAGAAGUGGGAUCCUAUGUUUUGGUUGGAGCUGGUGAGUCUGUGCCUGUAGACUGUGAAGUUUUUCAAGGCAAUGCAACCAUUACUAUCGAACACUUCACGGGUGAAGUCAAACCUUUAGAGAUUAAAGUUGGAGACAGGAUUCCUGGUGGAGCAAGAAAUUUGGAUGGUAGGAUAAUUGUGAAGGUAUGUUUAUGGACUUUCUCAUAGAUAUAUAACACAAUGAAGGGAGAAUUGGUGUCAAUG